AUGUCCGAGGUACCAUUAGCAGAGAAGAAUUUCGAUAGAGACGAGAAAUUCACCAAAGCUCUUCAUGGAGACUCUUAUAAAAAAACCGGGUUAUCGGCGUUAAUCUCCAAGUCCAAAGAUGCGUCAACAGUGGCAAACGAUGGAUAUUUCAAACACUGGGAUGGUGGAGUUUCCAAGGAUGAUGAAAAAAAGAGAUUAACUGAUUAUUCACAAUUGACUCACCAUUACUAUAAUUUGGUUACUGAUUUUUACGAAUAUGGUUGGGGUUCAUCUUUUCAUUUUUCAAGAUAUUACAAAGGAGAGGCAUUUAGACAAGCCACCGCUAGACAUGAACAUUAUUUGGCCCUUAAAAUGAAUUUAAAUGAGAAUAUGAAGGUGCUCGAUGUCGGAUGUGGUGUUGGUGGUCCCGGUAGAGAAAUCACGAGGUUUACAGACUGUGAAAUUGUUGGGUUGAACAAUAACGAUUACCAGAUUGAAAGAGCCAAUUUUUAUGCUAAAAAGUACAAAUUGGACCAUAAAUUAUCUUACGUCAAGGGUGACUUUAUGCAAAUGGAUUUUGAGCCAGAGACUUUUGAUGCCGUUUAUGCGAUAGAAGCAACAGUCCAUGCUCCAGUGUUGGAAGGUGUAUACUCUGAAAUUUACAAAGUAUUGAAACCUGGCGGAGUGUUUGGUGUUUACGAGUGGGUAAUGACAGAUGAAUACGAUGAAACAAACGAAGAACACCGUAAGAUUGCAUAUGGUAUUGAAGUUGGUGAUGGUAUUCCCAAGAUGUACAAACGUGAAGUUGCCGAAAAAGCAUUGAAAAAUGUUGGAUUUGAAAUUGAAUACGAAAAGGAUUUGGCUGACGUUGACGAUGAUAUUCCUUGGUAUUAUCCUUUAGCUGGAGAACUCAAAUAUUGUCAGACUUUGGGUGACUUGUACACAUUGUUCAGAACCUCGACAUUAGGUAGAUAUAUUACUACUGAAACAGUUGGUUUUAUGGAGAAAGUAGGUAUUGCGCCAAAGGGUUCAAAACAGGUCACUUUGGCAUUGGAAGAUGCAGCUGUCAAUUUAGUUGAAGGUGGUCGUAAGAAAUUGUUUACGCCAAUGAUGUUGUAUGUGGCAAGAAAGCCAGAAACAUCUAAAGCGUAG